CUUUCAUUUCACUCUUUUUCGUCCCUCGGAUGAAACGAGAACUUGUAAAUAAGAAAAAGAGCAUCUCUCUUUUCUUCGGAUGUCGUCCCAUAGGAUGAGGUGAUGCUUCUCUCCAAUUCAUCCAUCCCUUCCUGGCUCAUCCUCGCCAUCAGCCUCACCUGUAUUUGCCAGGGUAUCGACUACAAAUCGGGACCCAAAAAUUACGAGGAUUUCUUUAACCGCGGAGUCAAAGUGAGCUCGAAGACUUCUCGCGACAAACUUCCCAACCAAAUCGAGAAAUCGAAAGUUGAUGUCCUGGGCUCUGUUCUAAAGAAACAGGUGGAGGCUUUGCGGAAGACGCAAAACAAGGAGCUGGAAUUAGUGUUCCUUAUUGACAGUUCGGCGUCUGUGGGUGCCGAGAAUUUCUUCAAUGAACUGAAAUUUGUGAAAAAACUGUUGGCUGAUUUCACAGUGGAGUACAAUGCCACGCGGGUGUCAGUGAUCACUUUCAGUUCUAAAAAUCGGGUUGUCAAACAUAUUGACCACGUGAGCGAGGCGGAUGUAAAUAAUCAUAAGUGUGCUUUAUUUGAGGAACAAUUACCGACUAUUACUUAUCAAGGUGGAGGAACUUACACUCUCGGAGCCGUUCUCCAAGCUCAGGAAGUAUUAGACAAGGCUCGACCUAAAGCUACCAAAGCUGUAUUUCUAGUGACAGAUGGAUAUUCCAAUGGUGGAGAUCCGAGGCCUGCUGCCAAAGUACUUCGAGAUCAACAGGUAGAAAUUUUCACUUUCGGUAUACAGAAUGGAAAUGUUCGAGAACUAUAUGACAUGGCUUCUGAUCCUCCCGAAGAACACAGCUACAUACUCGACAGCUUCGAAGAAUUCGAAGCUCUAGCAAGAAGGGCCCUUCACGAAGAUCUUCAAACUGGCAGCUACUUGGAUCAAGAAGCCAGUGCAUGCAACAAGCUUUGUCCAGAAAGUGGUGACUGUUGCGAUGAGAAAGCCCAAUGUACUUGUGGCACAACCAAUGGACACUAUGCAUGCAUCUGCCAAAAGGGAUACUAUGGCACAGGACUGAGGGGAGACUGCCACGCUUGCCCCGCCGGCACCUUUCGGCCCACCACAAGUCCAGGAGAUAUCUCCACCUGCUUGCCCUGUCCAGAUGUGAACCAAGUUUCUUAUCCUGGAAGCACAAGUGUUGACCAAUGCGUCUGCAAAACUGGAUUUCAAAGAGUCGGAAAAAAAUGUGUAGUACUGGAGUGUCCACCCCUCGAUCCUCCCGAUCACGGAUACUUUGUGAGUGGAAGUUGUAGUCGUGUUUUUAAUGCUGGAUGUGGGAUCCGUUGCGAUUCCGGGUACAAGCUUCAAGGGAGCAGCAUCCGUUUGUGUGCAGAAAAUGGAUCCUGGACGGGAGAAGAAGCUAUCUGCAAAAUGAAAACAUGUCCUGCCCUGAGUCCACCAAGACAUGGUUACAUGACGUGCACUACGCCAGACAAUGUAUUCGAGACUGAAUGUCACUUCUCCUGUGAUCAUGGAUACACACUUGUUGGAUCGAAGAAGAGAACUUGCCUCGCCAUUUCUCUUUGGGAUGGUCUCUCAGCACUCUGCAGACCCGUAAGCUGUUCACCCCUAAAACCCAUACAUAAUGGCAUCGUUACUCCUUCUAAGUGCACGAAAGGAAAAUCUAGUUUCAACGAAGAGUGCUCAUUCGAGUGUAAGAAAGGCUUCACCAUAGCCGGACCUGAACGAAGAAAGUGCAUAGAUUCCGGCGUCUGGAGCGAACCCGAGAUCGAUACUACUUGCGUUGAUAUAGAACCGCCUGUUAUCAAGUGCCCAGAAGAUAUAGUUGUGGAUGCUGAUGAAAGCGAUGCUAGUGCUCUGGUGGAGUGGCCAAAUCCUCUUACGUAUGACAAUAGUGAAGAACCUGUGACUGUAACUGUUAUACCAGCCAUUGUAUCUCCAAGAAGAUUUGACAUAGGAGUGGCAGCUGUUUUGUACUCAGCAGAAGACCGUGCGAGAAACAGAGCUAGAUGCAAUUUCACAGUCACAGUUCGAGAUAUCCAAGCGCCUACCAUAGAUAGAUGUGUAUCGCCUUCAAUCUUCUUGUCGAGAGUCCUGCCAGUAACAGUAACAUGGGAAGAACCCCUAUUUUCCGACAAUUCUGGAAAAGCCGUCACCGUGUGGAGAUCUCACGAAAAACCUGCUGCUUUUCCUCUUGGUUCCACAGACAUCGUGUAUGAAGUUAGGGAUCAGGCUGGCAAUAACAACACUUGCAUCAUCACCAUCACUGUUCAAGAGCAUGCGUGUGCCUUUCCAUCUGAUCCCAUCAACGGGCGUUCGAAUUGCACUGAAGCAGAGAAUGGAGUGUUCUGCUCUCUCACAUGCAACGAAGGCUAUGGAUUUGCAAUGAAGACACCACCCUUCUAUUUCUGUGCGUACGAUGGGAUAUGGCAACCGUCGGAGUACCUACCUUUUCCAGACUGCUCAAUUGUUUUCUUCUCCAAUGCCAUUUACAAAAUUGGAACUGUCUCUGUUACUUCCGAAGGACAGGGUCUCACGUGCGAGGAUAACUUUCUGUUGGCCCAACUAGAAAAGCAUCUUGAAAGAAAAAUAUCCAACAGAGUUAGCCAUGUUUGUCGAAAUAAUGUCAUCUGCGAAGUUGAAAACAUGAUUGCAGAAUGUGAAGAAGAAAGAGACAAACUUGAAGAAGAAUCCAAUUCAAUAUUUUUAAGAAAAAGACGUUCAUUCCAUAACAAUGCCAAGCGCAUGUCCAGGUUCAAACGAGGCGUCCCAAUGCCUCAUCUUCUCGCCAAAUCAAGAGCCAUGAAUCGAACCUCUUCUUUUGGAAGUUUCGAUUCUCAUCACAUGGAGUCACCCAAUCUUCUAGACAGAAGCAGCUUGUCGAGUUUUGGGACCUCAGGAUAUGGUGUCACAGAAAGUGUGACUCAGUUUGAUGUUGGAAGUAUUGGAUAUCCCCGAACUGGACAAGAUAUUCGUCCGGAAUUAUCUGGUGUUACCCUAGUGGAAAAUAAUCCAAACAAGAUUGAAUUAGAAUUUUACUUGAGAGGAAAGAUGGCCGAGAACUCUGAAGAAAGAAGGGAACAAAAUUCUCUUAUGCACAGUGUUCAAGAGGCUAUGCAAUUCUUGCAAGAUGCAGCAUACUCUGGGGAGUUGGACAUCUCGCUAGGGAACAACAAACUUCACGUAGAGUAUGUUAAAUUCGAUGAAGAUGAACCAAUGUUCGUUUGUGAAGCAGGAACUGUAGCUCAAGGAAAUAUUUGUCUGAAAUGUCCGGUUGGCACUUACUUUAAUGUUGUUUUUGAAACUUGUGAAGCUUGUUCUUUGGGUACGUAUCAAUUUUUAGAGGGACAGUUUUCUUGCGUUGUCUGCCCAGAAAAGACAUCUACUACUACUGGCCAGUCAAAAAGUGUAGGAGAGUGUAAAGCACAGUGUUUGCCUGGCAGUUUUUCUGCUACUGGUUUAGAGCCUUGUGAGACUUGCUCUAUUGGACAAUAUCAGCCCAAUUAUGCCAGCCAAGAGUGUGCCCCCUGUCCUCUAGGAACAACCACUCAUAGAAGAGGAGUCCGUAGUCAAACUGAGUGCAAAUUACCGUGCCCUCCUGGGGAAGUAUCUCGAAUAGGUCUCCUACCAUGUUUUCCAUGUCCUGAUGGCUUCUUUCAGCCACACAAAGGAGAGAAGUCCUGCUUCAGGUGCCCAGGAAACCAGAGAACUGGUACACAAGGAGCAAAAAGCAUUGAUGCUUGCGAAGGGUUGAUGAUUCAAGAUGUAAUGAAAAAAGCUUCACCAGCUUCGGCUGAGCUGACUAUAAAUGAUUGCUUUUCUGUUCCUUGUCUUAAUGGAGCAUCUUGCCAAGCUUUGGAAAUAGGAUUUCAUUGCAUUUGUCAGCCUGGAUAUACAGGUAUUUAUUGUGAAAAAGACAUAAAUGAAUGUGAUCCCAGCCCUUGUCGAAAUGGUGGCUCAUGUCAAGAUGAAAUAAAUGCUUACAAGUGCUAUUGCCCAGCUGGUUAUUCAGGUGAGCACUGUGAAAUAGAUGUUGAUGACUGCCUGUUUGAACCCUGCUUCAACGGAGCAACAUGCUAUGACAAAAUUAAUGGAUUCCAUUGCAAAUGCCCAGCAGGAUUUGUUGGUCCCUUGUGUCAAUAUAAUAUUGAUGAAUGCAUUAGUAAUCCUUGCCAAAAUGAUGGAUUUUGUAUUGAUUUAAUUGCCAACUACACCUGUGAUUGUAUGCCUGGAUUUGAAGGAAGAAAUUGUGAAAUAAACAUUGAUGAUUGUGCUGAUUCUCCUUGCAAAAAUAAUGCUACCUGUGUCGAUGAUGUGAUGAUUUUUAAAUGUGAGUGCUUGGCUGGAUUUGAAGGCAUUUUUUGUGAGACAAAUGUUAAUGAAUGCCAACCACAACCCUGCAUGAAUGGAGGGACCUGUAUCGAUAGAAUCGCUGGAUUCAAAUGUCUCUGUCCACCAUCAUAUGUUGGAGACCUCUGUGAAACUGAGCUUUCAUCAGAUUUCCUUUUGAAUUUUCCGUCUUCAAAUAUUAUGGAUUUUGUGCAGCUUGAUUACCUUCCUCGGGAAUUAGCUGAGGUGACUGUUUGUUUCUGGAUGCUGACUAGUGACAAACUGCAUUACGGAACUCCGAUCUCCUAUGCUACCGAUGAAGCUGACAAUCUGCUCACCCUAACUGAUUACAGUGGAUUUGUAUUGUAUGUGAACAUGGAUAAGGUUGUCACUGAUGUCACUGCAAAUGAUGGUCAUUGGCAUCACUUAUGUGUCACAUGGUCUUCAAGACAGGGUGCUUGGGCCUUCUACAAAGAUGGUGUGCAGCAAGAUAAUGGAACUGGUUUAGCUCCAAACACAUUUAUUCCGAUGACUGGAACUCUGAUAUUGGGUCAGGAGCAAGACAAACAAGGUGCAGGUUUCAGCACUCCAGAAGCAUUUGUAGGAACCAUGGCAUUGCUUAAUAUUUGGGACUAUGUUUUGUCUGUAGAUGAUAUUGUUGCUCUGAUGACUCGUUGUGAUAAAUAUCACGGCAAUGUGCGGUCUUGGGCUGAUUUCCUCUCUGGUAUUCGAGGAAAAGUGCAACAAAAAGAUUCACAUUUCUGCUCUGGAUGUAUUAUGCCUGAUUCUCCUCCAAAUGGAGAAGUCUCCAUAAGUGGAAUGAAAACGGAUGCUCACCUAACCUAUUCUUGUAAUCCAGGGUAUGAAUUGACUGGAGUGUCUGAUAGAAGGUGUUUAGCAUCUGGUAAUUGGUCUGAUGGAAGUCCCCAUUGUGUUCGUAUAAGCUGUGGAUUCCCAGGUUACAUUGCUAAUGGCUAUAUAAAUGGUAGGCAAUACUUAUUUCAAGAUAUCAUACAGUAUGUGUGCAAUCCUGGAUAUAGGUUGUCCGGGGAAUCAACAAGGACCUGCCAAGUGGACAAUAAAUGGAGUGGAACUGCCCCAAGAUGUGAAGAAAUUGUAUGUGAAGCUCCAAAAACAAUUGAAAAUGGAGAAGUAAUAGCACUCCAAAACCAGUAUCGAUUAGGUCAUCGAAUACAGUUUCAUUGUGACGAUGGUUAUCGUUUAGAUGGUCUGAGCACCCUCACGUGCUCCAGCCGAGGCCUAUGGAAUGAUUCACUUCCAAUGUGUCAACCCCGCUCUUGCGAAUCUCCCCCUAGAGUGCCACAUGGUCAUGUGAUUGGACCUCAAGAUAAUCUGGAUGUUGGUAACGUUGUGAGAUAUCAAUGUGAUGAGGGUUUUGAAAUGAAAGAAACUGGCGAAAUGUAUUGUGAGUUGAAAAAUCGUUGGGCUGGAGAAUUACCACGCUGCGAGCGUGUCUUAUGUCUUCCCCCGGCACCCAUUCUGCAUGGCAUAGUGGAAGGAAAAGAUUACAGAUAUGGAGCCACGGUUCUCUAUAAAUGUGAACAAGGGUAUGAACUUCAUGGAACUAGUUAUACGGUUUGCCAAGCCAAUAAAACAUGGUCUUACGAACCUCCUCAAUGUACUCCGGUCAGCUGUGGUAUGCUUGAAGCUCCUGAGAAAGGUGGUAUAGAAGUGAAUGAUGUUAUUUAUGGAAGUAUUGUGAAAUAUUAUUGCCAUUCUGGAUUUGAACUGCAGGGAGUUAGAUCCAGAAAAUGUAGAAGUAAUGGUGAAUGGAGUGGGGAAGCUCCAAGUUGUGUUCCUGUAAGUUGCAGCCAACCUGAGUCUAUAUCUAAUGGCAGGUACAGUGGAAGUGACUGGACUGUAGGCAAUACUGUUAACUACAUUUGUAAUCCUGGAUACAUUCUUAUUGGAGAGGCUGAUAGAGUUUGUUUGGAAAAUGGUCAGUGGCUACAUGAAGCUCCUGCCUGCGAACCAGUGGAAUGUCCCCUACCUGAUAACAUUGCCCACGGAUUCUGGAAGAGCGAUGGUAGGAGAUUUGGACAGAGGGUGUCGUAUUCUUGUGAAGAAGGUUAUCAGCCUGUGGGACCUACAGUUCGAGUUUGUAUGGAAGAUCAAAAAUGGGAACCAGCUUCACCUGAAUGCAGACCUGUCAAUUGUGGGCCAUUAGCCCAGGGUGAGAAUAUUAUUUUGGAAACAACAUUUACUGUUUUUAAAGGUGAAGCACGAUAUUCUUGUCGUGAAGGGUUUCGAUUGGAAGGUCCACAUGUUCGAAAAUGCUUGGCAACAGGAAAGUGGAGUGAUCAGAAUCCUUCUUGUGAUAUCAUUCGUUGUCCUGACCCUCUCAAAGUCACACACGCAUAUUUAAUUUAUUCUGAUAACAAAUAUGGAUCUAGUGUGGAAUAUUACUGUGAUGAAGGUUACAAACUCAUUGGAUCCAUCCAAAGACUUUGCACUGGUGAUGGAGAAUGGGCAGGAUUAGAACCAGAAUGCGUGCAAAUUCGUUGUCCCUCACCACCUUCUUUAGCAGAUGGAGAUAUCGUAACACACGAUACAACUUAUCGCAGUACUGUACAAUGUACUUGCCAUAAGGGAUAUGAACUGAUAGGAUCAGCUGAAAGAAUAUGUUUGUCUGAUGAAACUUGGAGUGGAACUGAUCCCUCCUGUGUUGCAAUAAGAUGUCCGACUGAACAACUUUCACUUGAAAAUGGCCGCAUUCUAGGUGACAGUAAUGUUGUAGGUUCAACAAUUCAAUAUGAAUGUGAUGUUGGGUAUAAACUGAUUGGGACAGCUUCUCGAACGUGUCAGGAAAGCAAAAAGUGGUCAAACCAAGAGUCUAUCUGUGAGAAAGUGCAAUGCCCAGUCCCUAUUGCUCCUGCAAAUGGAGAAAUAUCUUGGAGAGGUCACAGUUUUUCAGACACUGUUACCAUCAUUUGCUAUGAAGGUUAUGACUUGAUUGGAGAUGGCUCUCGCUCUUGUCUACCAGAUGGUACCUGGAGUGGAGCUGAUCCACUCUGCAAACCAGUUGAAUGCAAAAGUCCACCAGACCUACAGAAUGGACAUACCAUUGUAAAAUCCAUUCUACUGGGUGGCAAAGUUGAAUACUCAUGUGGUACGGGUUAUAAGCUCAGAGGUGCUAGAAAAAGAACAUGCAAAGCGAAUCGCUCGUGGAGCGAUCGUGAGCCUCACUGCCAAUUAAUUCUGUGCCCAGAACCUCCUCAUGUACCUAAUGGCCAACCUAUUACUCCCAAACAGAAUUUGACUGUAGGGACAGAAGUGGAAUAUACUUGUCAAAAAGGAUAUGAACUGGAAUAUCAAUAUCCUCGCACUAUUUGCAACGCACAGGGAAAAUGGACUGGCUUACAACCAAUAUGCCGAAUUAUCAAAUGUCCUAAGCCACCUCCUUUGGCAUUUGGAUAUAUUGAUGGACAAAACUAUACGUACAAAAACGUGAUUCAUUUUACUUGCAACCAAGGAUGGAAACUCAUUGGGGAAAAAACCUUAAAAUGUGAGGCAGCAGGAAAGUGGUCUUUCCCUUAUCCUACAUGUGAAGGUAUUCUCUGCCCAGAUCCUGUACAUAUUGAAAAUGGUUUCAUUUCAUCUACCAAUUUCAGUAAUGGAGCUAAAAUCACAUACAAGUGCAAUAAAGGUUAUGUACUAAUUGGAACAACUGAACAUAAAUGUCAAAAUGACAAUACCUGGAGUGCUAGCCCUCCGACAUGCAAGCCAGUGAUUUGUGAUGUACCUGGAAACAUAACAAAUGGCAAAUAUGAAGGUUCAAUAUUUGAAUAUGGAAAGACUGUUACAUACACUUGUAAAAAAGGCUAUGAGCUUCAUGGGGCACAGACGUUAACAUGUAAAGAAAAUCAGAAGUGGUCUUCAGAUCCCCCAGUUUGUGAGCAAAUAUCGUGUCCUCUUCCAGAUGCAUUGCGUAAUGGGGAAGUUGUAGUACAUAGCUUUUCACAGGGUGUUUCAGGGAGAGAAAUACACGUUUGGCCUGACGAAGAAGGAGAAAGGGGAGAUAUAACAAUCAGUGGUCAAACCAUGUUAGAAGCAGCAAGGUCAAAUAUUUUUCAUCUUGGGGAUGAGGUCAUGUAUCGUUGUUCAAAAGGUUACAAAUUGCAUGGAGGGGACACAAGAAUUUGUUUAGAGAACGGUACUUGGUCUAAUGAAGUGCCUAUGUGCAAGGCAGUCUCGUGCAGAGCACCAGAAAACAUCAUGAUGGGAGAAAUGGCCUUCACUUCUAUAUCCUUUAGAGCUGAAAUUAAUUACAAAUGCGAAAUUGGAUAUAGAUUACAAGGUGCUUCUAUCAGAAAAUGUCAAGCAAAUGCCACAUGGUCUUAUGGUCCACCAAGUUGCCAACCAGUAGUGUGUGCCAUGUUGCAAAAUAUUCCUCAUGGGCAUGUGAAGUGGAGUUCUUUGCGAUAUGGUGCUACAGCAACUUAUGAAUGCUUACCUGGUUAUAAGUUAAUAGGUGAACCUGUCAGGCUAUGUGAAUUAUCUGGUAGGUGGAGCAAGGAAGAACCUCAAUGCAUCAUUAGGGAAUGUGGUCGCAUACCAGCACCGGAAAAUGGAUGGGUAGAAACUGAAGGUAUUGUUGUUGGAAGUACUGCAACCUACCAUUGCAAUAAGGGUUAUGAGCUGGAAGGUACCAUGACUCGAUCUUGUUUAAUUAAUGAGAGUUGGAGCUUAGUUAUCCCAACAUGCAAAAUCAUAUCUUGUCCUCCCCCUUCUCAUAUAGAACAUGGAAAAUAUGAAGAAUCUAAGUUUACUUUUGGAUCAAAAGUCACUUACUUGUGUGACUUUGGUUACAAAAUUGAAGGAAGUUUUGAACUCACAUGCUUAGCUGAUAAAAUGUGGAGUGAUGUUGCACCAAAAUGUGUCCCAUUACCCUGUCCCAGACCAACUCCUCCAGCUCAUGGUACUGUUCUUUUUAGAGCACUGGUGGUUAGUAGCACUGUUCAUUUUGGCUGUAGUGAAGGUUACGAGAUGCACGGUUCACCAAAUAGUACAUGCUUAACAAACCAGACAUGGGAUGUGGAACCACCACUCUGCAAAUUAAUAUCUUGCCCAGCAGUUAAAAGCAUAAAAUCUGGCAAAGUUAUUGGUUCAAAUUUUCAUUACGAUUCUAAAUUGGAAUUUAAGUGCAAUUCAAAAUUCAAGCUAGAUGGCCCUGACUCAGCUGUCUGUUCUUCUAAUAAAAAUUGGUCAAAUCCCAUCCCGAAAUGCAAAAGACAUGUAUGUGAUCCACCUAUUGCAAUAUCCAAUGCAAAAUCUUUCACCGGUCCUUAUACAGUUGGACAAGUUUUAAAUUAUACUUGUGAUAAAGGUUAUUACAUGGAAGGAGAAAAAACCUUAAUUUGUGAUAGCAAUGGACAAUGGAUUGGAGGUAAACCUACCUGUGCACCUGUUGAUUGUGGAAUGCCCCCAAAUGUUAGUAAUUCACAGUUUGUGACAGAUGGAGGGUGGAUCUUUGGUGGUAAAGCCUCGUACAAGUGCAAUUUUGGAUAUCAGUUGAAAGGAGCUGUAAGUGUAACAUGUAAAGAAGAUGGUUCUUGGAGUGAUCCACCAACAUGUGAAGUAGUGAAUUGUGUUCCUCCCCCUUACAUAGAACAUGGAAGUUUUGUUGUACACAACACACCAGGAUUAAGUGAAGCAACUUAUUCUUGCAAGAAAGGAUAUAAACUAAUAGGACUAAAACAGCAUACGUGCAUUGGAAAUGAUGCCUGGGACAUUAAAAACAUCUAUUGUGAAUUGAUUUUAUGUGGAGAGCCUCCAUCGAUAGCUUUUGGAAAAAUUGUUGUUCCAUCAAAUUUUACUGUUGGAAGUCGAGGCACGUUUCACUGUUUCCCAGGCUAUCGUAUUGUGGGAAGUACCACGGUGGAAUGCUCGUGGCAAGGUGUCUGGGAAGGCAAACCUCCUCACUGUGUCCCCAUUACUUGCCCCUCACCGGAAGAGCCAGAGCACGGUGAAGUGAUUGGCAAUGACUAUUCCUUUAAGAGUGCUGUACUUUACAGUUGUCAAAAAGGAUAUGAAAUUUAUGGAAGGGAUGAACGAUUUUGUUUGGAAGAUGGUACUUGGUCGGGAGAGUUACCCCUCUGUCGAAGAAUUUCUUGUGGUCAACUUGACCCACCUGAUAAUGGUUAUGUAAUCCAGGGUGUACCCGGCCACUAUGGAGAUCGAAUUCAGUUUGCUUGUCAUAAAGGCUAUGAAAUGAUUGGCAGUGACACAGCACAUUGUUUAGAUACUGGAAAAUGGGAUAAAAACACUCCUAAAUGUUCAGCUGUGACCUGUGGCCCUGUUAAAGAAUUUCCUCCAAAUGUCAUACCUAUCACUUUUACAGAAAGCAAAUUUGCAAUUGGUGAUAAACUAGUAUACACUUGCGAACCUGGAUUUAGAGGCUUUGGGGAUCUUACUUCCCAUUGUUUGGCUAACAGUUCAUGGUCUGUGCCUAAAGGUGGAUGCAAAAGAAUGUCUUGUGGUCGUCCAAUCACCAAUACAGGUGCCAUUAUACUUGGUAUGUCAUAUCAAUAUCGUGAUAAACUGGCAGUUAUAUGUCCUCCCGGAAGUAAAGUGAAGGGGAAGAAGAUACUAACAUGCAUGGGAAGUGGCAUAUGGGAUGGAAAUGCCACUUGUGAAGGAAUGUGUACUAGACCUUGUUUGAAUGGCGGAAGAUGUGUGCCACCUGGAUUGUGCAGCUGUCCAGCAGGUUUUGUAGGAGAUGUUUGUCAACAUGCUGUGUGCAUAUUACCUUGUCUGAACGGAGGCACAUGUAUAGGACCAUACAAAUGUCGAUGCUUGGAGGGAUUCUCAGGAUCAAGAUGCCAAUUAUCAACAAUAACAAGAAGAAGACCCUAUUAUGGAUAAAACAAAGUGUUUUAUUGAAAAUGUUUCAUUGCAUGCCAAUGAAGAAGUUACUGUACAGAUUCAUUAUAUACAAGACCCGAACUGAAAGCAGCAAUGCCCAACAACCACACAUGUUAAC